AGCGUCCUCGGUGAGCCAAGAAGAGGUCCAGCCAUGAAGCUUUCGGCAAUCGUACUGGUGUGUUUGGCAGCGGCCGUGGUAACACACGCCGAUCCCGAGCCACACAAGUACCACCACUACCCCUACCACCACUACUCCUACCACCAAUACCCCUACCAUCACUACUCUCCUCGCCACCACUAUGUCAAGCAUCCGGCUGCCGGCACCUACUCCGUCAGCACUCAAGUCCAUGGCCUCACCAAACGCUCAGCUGACCCCAUGCCGGAAGCUGACCCUCAACCAGCAGCUGACCCUGAUCCAUCCAACAGCUAUAGUUACCAGGUAGUCCACCAUGGCCAUCCUCGCUAUGGAUACCACCAUGGCUAUCGCUACCCUUACAAUAACUACCGCUACAACAACUACUAUGGUUAUCCUCACACAUACCACAGCCACCACAAGAGAUCAGUCGAAUCGGAACCCGAACCUCAACCUCAUUACAGCUAUCACGGACGCCCUCACUACUACAACAGAUACUAUCACGGUUACCCCCACUACUAUCCUUACUACGCCGGUUACCGCUACCGCUACAGGGGAUAAGGAAGGGGUCAGGCAUGGAUUACGACAGGCCUUGUGGCGAUGGUCCUUCACCAGAUGUGUCUGAUAGUCCGGUUUGCUCACGCCGGUUUUUCAGGCACUGAUAGUAAGGUGGUCACUCUUAGGAGGCCACAGAAAACAGAGGAAUUCUCUUUUCAAUGUCGGAAUAGCAGUACAUUGUGUACACAAUAAAAAUUACAAUAAUCUAAUGGAAAAUAUG